CAUUCACUCUAAACAACGCUGGGCCAGAAUUGCAAGGAAAAGCUGGAGGUUCAGACCAGACUUGUUGAUCUCCAUUAAGAGACAGCACAAGGAAAGAGAGGCGCUUUCCUUUGUAUCUUUAAAACGAGAAAAUGUGGCUCCAUCUUGGAAUGUAGACGGGGGCGGAGGGAGAGAGUCUCAUCCAAGUGCAGGCCUUGGGAAGCUGCUUGCAAAAGGAUCCUGGGAAUAAUCUGCAGCUUUCAGGCGUCUGUGGACCCAUUUGCCUUGCUUCCCUUCCCCAGCCCUCGGGUUCUUGGACAUACUGGAAUAUUACUGUGAUCUUUCUGCCUAAGGCUUCCGGGGAGCCAGUGCAAACGGCCUCAGCUGCUGAUCGCUUGCUGGCUGAUGCAGGAUGUAGCCACACGUUGGUUUCCCUGUUCUCCGCCGACUGCCCGGCUUUGAUCCUUGGCGAAGAAGCUCUUCGGCAUGGAGGGGAAGGAGAACAGGUGAAGCCCGCCGGCUCUGAAGCGUGAGUGCCCGGCCCCGCGGAGCCUUCCAGAGGCAGCGAUGCCCGCGGGCAUGAACAAGCAUGGAUCUCGGUCCUCUACCUCUUUGCCUCCGGACCCCAUGGAGAUCGUUCGGAGCAAGGCCUGCUCCCGGAGGGUCAAACUCAACGUGGGGGGCCUGGCGCAUGAAGUUCUCUGGCGAACCCUGGACAGGCUGCCCCGGACCAGGCUGGGCAAACUGAGAGACUUCAACACGCACGAGUCCCUCAUGGAGAUCUGUGACGACUAUAACCUGGAGGAGAACGAGUAUUUCUUUGACCGGCACCCGGGGGCAUUCACUUCCAUCUUGAACUUCUACCGCACGGGCAAGCUGCACAUGAUGGAGGAGAUGUGCGCCUUGUCCUUCAGCCAAGAACUGGACUACUGGGGGAUCGACGAGAUCUACCUGGAGUCCUGCUGCCAGGCCAGGUACCACCAGAAGAAAGAGCAGAUGAACGAGGAGCUGAAGAGAGAAGCCGAGACGCUGAGGGAAAGGGAAGGGGAGGAAUUCGAUAACACCUGCUGCGCCGACAAGAGGAAAAAACUCUGGGAUCUUCUAGAGAAACCCAACUCUUCAGUAGCCGCCAAGAUUUUGGCCAUCAUUUCCAUCAUGUUCAUUGUAUUAUCUACAAUAGCCUUGUCACUUAAUACGCUUCCUGAACUACAAGGCACGGAUGAAUUUGGACAAACCACAGAUAACCCUCAGCUUGCCCACGUGGAGGCAGUGUGCAUUGCAUGGUUUACAAUGGAAUACCUCUUGCGGUUCCUAUCCUCACCUAAGAAAUGGAAGUUUUUCAAAGGCCCCCUGAACGCUAUUGAUUUGCUAGCUAUCUUGCCCUAUUAUGUCACUAUCUUCCUCACGGAAUCAAACAAAAGUGUACUUCAGUUCCAAAAUGUACGCAGGGUGGUUCAGAUAUUUCGUAUCAUGAGGAUACUCCGAAUUCUAAAGCUUGCCAGGCACUCAACCGGUUUACAGUCCUUGGGAUUUACUCUAAGGAGGAGCUAUAAUGAGCUUGGAUUACUCAUCUUGUUUUUGGCCAUGGGCAUUAUGAUCUUUUCCAGCUUGGUUUUUUUUGCAGAAAAAGAUGAGGAUGAUACAAAAUUCAAGAGCAUCCCCGCUUCCUUCUGGUGGGCAACUAUCACCAUGACAACAGUAGGCUAUGGAGACAUCUACCCCAAAACUCUCUUAGGCAAAAUAGUUGGAGGGUUGUGCUGCAUUGCUGGGGUGCUGGUGAUUGCUCUUCCCAUCCCAAUCAUUGUAAAUAACUUCUCUGAGUUCUACAAAGAGCAGAAGAGGCAGGAGAAAGCCAUCAAGCGCAGAGAAGCACUUGAAAGAGCAAAAAGAAAUGGCAGCAUUGUCUCCAUGAAUAUGAAGGAUGCUUUUGCCCGUAGUGUAGAACUGAUGGAUAUUGUGGUUGAAAAGAAUGGAGAAAGCACAGGCAAAAAGGAUAAAGUUCAGGACAAUCAUUUAUCCCCCAGCAAGUGGAAAUGGACCAAGAGAACACUCUCUGAAACUAGCUCCAGUAAAUCUUUUGAAACUAGGGAACAAGGAUCUCCAGAAAAGGCCCGGUCCUCUUCCAGCCCUCAGCACCUGAAUGUCCAACAGUUAGAGGACAUGUACAACAAAAUGGCAAAGACUCAGUCACAGCCAAACCUCAACACUAAAAACACAGGUCACCCUGGAAAGCAAAAGGAAGAGUUAGAAAUGGAGACCAUUCCUGGCCCUACGGUCCCUUUAUUGACCACCCGUGCUGACGGGAUCAUUGACAUGAGGAGCAUGUCAAGCAUUGACAGUUUUAUAAGCUGUGCUACAGAUUUCCCUGACUCUGGGAAAUUCUCCCACAGUCCACUUGCUACACUUCCCUGCAAAGGAGGUGUUAAUCCAAUUCAGGAGCAAAUCAGGGCAGAGGGAAGUGGAACCAGGUUCAUGGAGAUAAACCCAAAGCCAGAAGGCAGCCACCGCUCUACAUUUUUCAUAGAAAGUCCCAACAGUUCUGUAAAAGCCAGUAACCCUUUAAAAUUAAGAUCUCUGAAAGUCAACUUUAUGGAAGAUGACAACAGCACAUUAGUACCAGCAUCAAAUGUACUGAGAAUAUAUCCAGAUGCUCUCAAGAAUAGGGGAGCUGCUGCUGCUGCUGCAGACUGUUCCUUACUCUCUGAUCGAUCUUUAGUCAGUCCAGAAACUUCUAUCUACACAACAGCGAGUGCUAGAACACCCCCAACGUCGCCAGAGAAGCAGAUAGCAAUAGCUUUCAACUUUCACGAUGCCAGCAUACAUAAAUAUAUAGAUGCUGACACUGAUGAUGAAGGUCAGUUGCUUUACGACUCGAGCCCUCCAGGAAAUGUAAGUCCCAAAUACAAUAUUACAAACAGUGCUUAUCUAAAGCAAAAAGAUAACAUUUAUAGAACGGAGAAGAACCAUCUAGAGAGUGCUGCUUUACCCACCUCACCGAAAUGUAUAGGGCAAAACUGCAUUUACUCCAUGGAAGGUAUCACUGGAAAAACCCAGGGAAAUCAGGAGACUGUCAGACUAGAAAAUCACAUUUCACCCGAGGUCCAUAUAUUACCAGGUGGUGGAGGACAUGCUAACACCCAUGAUCAACGCAUCUGACAUGUGCUCCAAAAAACUUGUUGAACAUUGAAAGGAAUGUCUUUACAGUCAACACAACAAACGAGAGCUUCUGCAUGGCAUGAACUUUGACUGAAGCAAGCCACUUGUUUCUAAAAGUCUGAGGGGAGGCCUGGUGUGGGUUUAUGAAAACAUCCUUCUCUGGAAUAACUAUAAAGAUGUUGCCCGAUUCAUCCUACAAAUAUCAAUGAAAAUAAAGAUUGCAAGUCUUGCUCACACUUUGAUCUCCUUUCAUGUCCUUCAUUGAAGUCAGCCUGACCAAAUAUACAUCAACUCCCCUUGUACAAUGGAUCUCCUUUUGGAAGUGUUAACAUCUGGUUUGUGUUACUUCCAUAGAAGAGACCAAGGCAGCCAGAUUUGAACUCUGGACCAAAUUACUGGGGUUGGUAUAAAGUUAUUAGAAACACAAUACUUAUUGCUUCAGGGCAGUUGUUCCAAAUAGCCCCAUCUGCAUCUUUCUUUCUGAUGGAUACAGUGUCUAAAGGUAACAGGGAACACUUGCAUUAUGGGUAAAUCUAAGCUUAUGUCUAUUUAAAAUAACAGUGAUCUAGAGAAAUAAAUUAUUAAAAUGCCC